AUGAAUGCAAUUGAUCUUCAAGCCCUAAAGAAAAUCACAGACAAAAUAAAACAAACUUUAGACAAAUUCCCUGUGAAGCAUGGGCAGAAGUCUAGUGCGAAUCUUUCAGGUCCACAGUAUGAUACUUCCUAUUUUCAAUUAUCUACACAAACAGAUUCAUUUCGCGAAGUCAUAAACAAUACAAAAACAUUAGACCAAAUCGAACCAUACGAACACAUCCCUCCUCCAAAGAAAAUUGAAGCAAAAUUUAUAAAUAUUCGAUAUAAUAUCUUUGUUAAUGCUGAAAUUCCCAGGAUAGAAAAGCAGAAAUAUCCAUUUUGUGGAGCAAUUCAACCAGCAAUCGAUUCCAAACCCCCUCUUGGCCAAUUUGUUGUUGCAAUUAUUGAUUGUAAGCCACAAUUUGGCAUGAUAGGUGCAAAUACACUAUCAGAGAGAUAUCAGUUCUAUAACGUUUCCAUAAUGAAAGGACAUGUUUCUCUUCUUCCUAAAGAUAUUUGCUAUUUUCCGAUUCUUUAUCCAACAGUAUUCGAUCAAGAUUACGAAUAUCCUCAUGGCCAAGAAGUUUUUGUUUUAAUGAACUUAGAAAAUCAAGCAGAUAUUCGAAUUUUACUCGGAACAGUUACAAAAACUCCAUCAGAGAACAAAUCUACACAAUAUACUAUUCAGCUUACGAAUGGUGAGGCAACAAAUGUUGAAGCUCGCUUUAUUACUUCAAUUUAUUCGCCACAUAAUGAAAAUAAAAAUCCAAAAUUAUUUGAUAAGUUGAAGAGAGAAAGCACUUCAGGAGCAUUCAAGAACAAGUUUAACGUCGAAGAUUUACUGUUUGAGCCUCCAAAUUCUCCUCCGCCUCAAAUUCAUCCGAAUGUAAAGUGGGGAAUGCAAGAAUACUAUCCAUUCCCUCAAGCAAGAUCAGGACGACUUUCAAAGAAGGCAGCUGAAAAUGUUCGCAUUGCAAGAGCUCUUUUCAAAGCUGGAGAAUCUGAAAAUACAACUUACAACUUCGUUUUGGAGAACCCAAGUGAAGCAUCCGAAGAGAGUGCACCUCCAGAACGUGAAGAACCAGAACCUCCAAGGCCAAUUGAAAAAAUUAAAGUCGAAUUGAAAAAAUUAAAGAAAAAGAAAAAGUCAAAAUCACAAAUCCGCAUUGCCAAACUCAAGGAGCCACAGAAUGAUUCAGAAACAACCACAGAAAAUCAAAUUCCAGAAAAUCAAGAAAAUACAAUUUCCGAAAACACUCAAAACCAAACAGACAAUCAGCAAAAUACAGCUGUUGGAAAUACAGAAAUCCCAACAGAAAACAAUGAACAAGAAAAUCAACAAAAUACAGACCAAAUUACGACAGAAACCGACCAAACUACAGAAGAAAACAAACAGAUAGACUUGAAUCAAUCAUUACACCAGUUAAGUUUAACUUCUUUGUUAAAUGAUAUUCCUGACCACAAUAAUUCCGAAAACAACCAACAACAGCCGGCCAACGAAAGCCAAACAUCCAAUGAAAAUCCAUUUACUAACAUACAGUCCAUUAUUGUCCAUAAAGAAAACGAAGAAAAUACAAAUCAACCACAAACAGAGACUCCAACCGUAAUUUUGAUCCCACAACAGGAUUCUGAGACAAAGCAAAAUCCACAGGUGCUUAUUCAUGACCAACAGAGCUCUAAAAAUGAUGAAUUAAAGGAAGAAAGUGCAAAUUCCACUCCGAAGUUUACAACUGCGGCCAAGACUCUGUUUGUUCCAAAGAAGUCAGCCAACCAGCAAGAUAAAGAAGAAUCUCCUAAGAAAUAUCGCAUAACAAUCCGUGUUAAUCAGAAUAAUUAA